AUGUAAAGUGCUCUUGUAUAUAUAACUUUGCCUGGAGAAAAAAUUCCACUCAAAAGUUUAGUUAUUGGCAAUACAAUAAAAACAAAUAAGCAAGAUGUCAAUAUCACUAAAUCAUUAGAAAUAGAAACUAAACAUGCAGGAUGGUUUUGGUUAGAUUAAUAAAAAAUUGCAAUUUGUCAUAAUCCUAUAUAUUAUACACCUGAAAUUGAAGACUAUGUGAUUGUAUAAGUUACUGGUAAGAAUAGCGAAUAUUAUUUUUGUGAUCUUGGUAAUGGUUUAGUAUAUAAUCUAAAUUAAAUGGAUUUUGAAGGAGCAACAAAAAAGAAUAAACCAAACAUUUAAGUUGGAUAAUUUUUAUAUGCUAGAGUCAUAGAAUUGAAUCAUUAUUUAAAGGGCAAAUUAUCAUGCAUAAAUCCAUAAAGUAAAAAAGAAUGGGUAUUAAUAUAUUUAUAAUAUAGACAACAGGAGAAAAUCUAUUUCGAGAAUUAAUUGGAGGAGUCAUUGUUGAUUUGCCUUUGAAUUUUGUUUAAAGUCUUUUAAGUUCUUAAACAAAACCAGAAUUAUUUAAAGAGAUAAGCAAACAUUCUAGUUUUGAAGUUUGUGUGGGUAAAAAUGGUAGGAUUUGGAUUAAAGGUGCUGAUGCUAUUUUAAUAAUUAAUUUAUUAAAACGUUGUGCUCCUUUACAAUUAGAAUAACAAUUAAAUAUGAUUAAUAAAUUUGCAUCCCAGUUUUAGUAAUGAAA